AUGAGUUCCAGCAACAGCAGCAGCAGCAGCAGCAAAAUCAGUAGCAUUACUACCACUACCAGGACAGGCAGCAGCAGGAGCAAUAGCCGCAGCAGCAGCAGCAGCAGCAGCAGCAGCCUAAUAGCCACUGGGUUUGUUGCGCACGUGAGGGUGUCGCAGCUGAAGUCCGAAAAGGCCGAAGGCGAACUGGAGCAGCAGCGGCUGCGGCAAGCAGCAGCAGCAGCAAAUCAAGAAGCAGAAAGUUUGCGGCUGCAGCUGCAUGCAAAGGAAGCAGAAGCAGAAACCCUCAAGAGGGACUGCCACAGACACAAGCAGCAGCUACAAAACGAACUCGCAGCGCGGGAGUCGCAGAAGGCGGAGUGCCAGCGGCUGUCGCAGGCGCUAGAAGGGAUGCAGGAAGAAGCAGCAGAAACUCGAAGGGAGGAGUUGCGCGUUGCGCACGGCCAGGAGACGGAGCUGCUGCAGCAGCGGCUGCUGCAGCGGGAAGAAGAAGCAGCAAAACAAAGAAGACAAUCUGAGUCUUUAAUUAAAAGACUCGAAGAAACUGCUGCCACUUUAGGAAGAGUAAAAGCACUUUCCAGAAAAGACAAAAUGCAAAUCGGAGAACUCGAGGGCCGCCUGCAAGGCUCGCUGGAAGAGCAAAGCUGCCAGCAGCAGCGGCUGUCUGAGCUGCAGCAGCAGCUGUCGCUGCUGCAGCAGGAAAAGGGGGCUUUGGCCAGCGAAGCAGAAGCAGCAGCACAUCGGCAGCAGCAGCAGCAGCAGCAAAUGGAAGAAACCCGAAGGGCCCUUGAAGAAAGCCAAACCCUAGCGAGGGCUUUGGCCCGCGAGAAGGAAACCCUCCACCACAGGCUCAGCCACCUCCAGAUCGAACACACAAAAGCGUCUGAGGAGUGCGGGCGCGUGCGUUGCCGGCUGCUGGAGCUGUGGCGGUGCUGCUGCCUGUGCAGCGCAGCAGCAGCAGCAGCAGCAGCAGCAGCAAAAGGAAGAGAAGCAGAAAUGGAAUUUGAAACAAAUAGAACUUUUUCUUUUCUUUUAAAUUCUUCUUUGCCAGAACUUCGCCAGGCCGUCGAAGGCGCCUUCGAACGCGCCUGCAGAGACAGGGAGCAGCAGUGCAAAGCCAGAUUCGACGAGCAACUGCGCAUUCUGGAAGAGUGGGCUGCACUUGCUGAUCCUCCCGAACCACUUUUGGUAGCAGCAGGAGCAGCAGCAGCAGAAGCAGCAGCAGCAGCCGCAGCAGCAGCUGCAGCAGCAGCUGCAGCAGCAGCGCCAGCAGCAGCUGCUGCUGCAGAAUAA